AUGGAGCUUCUACGGCCGUCGCCUGUCGGGCUCAUCCGGCAGUCAAUCUGCAGCAGCACCCCGAAGAGCCGGCGGAGGAAGAUGAAGUGGGAGCAGCAGCGGCGGCCGCGCCCCCCACGCCGUGCCGAGCAGGAGAACCCCCCCGGCGGUAGCGGCGGCGUCGUUUACCCCAAAUCAGCUCCGACCCCUCUGCUCGUUGGCCGGAGGAGCCCCCAAGCCCAGAGUCGAGAGGAGCUCCUCGAACAAGUCCUCGCUGACCUCGAGGCUUCCGUCGACCGCGGCGUCUGCAUCGAAGCCGGGAUGUUGGCCUCCGUCCUGGAGACCUGCUCCCAGCUGGGUUCCGUCGACCAGGGGAUCCGCCUCCGCCGCCUCAUCCCGCCGGCCCUCCGGAAGAACUUCUCCCUGUCGUCGAAGCUCGUGCGGUUAUACGCCUCCUGCGGUCUACUAGAUGAAGCCCACCGCUUGUUCGAUGAAAUCCCCCAGGGGCACCGGGCACGAUCAGCGUUCCCUUGGAACUCGCUCAUCUCCGGCUACGCCGACCUCGGCCUGUACGAAGACGCCGUGGCCCUCUACCACCAGAUGGAGGAAGACGGGGUGGAGCCGGACCAGUUCACCUUCCCCCGCGUGCUCAAGGCCUGCGCCGGGCUACGGUCGAACGAGCUCGGGGAGGCCGCCCACCGGCACGCCGUGCGGGCAGGUUUUGGGAGCGACCCCUUCGUCCUCAACGCCCUCGUGGACAUGUACGCCAAGUGCGGCGACAUCGACAAGGCCUGCAGGAUCUUCGCCAAGAUCACCCACCGGGACGCCGUCACCUGGAAUUCCAUGCUCACGGGCUUCGCCAGGCACGGGCUCUUCUCCGAGGCGUUGGAGGUCUUCAAGGGGAUGCUCUCCGCCGGGACCAUGCCGGACCCGGUCGCCGUCUCCACCAUCCUCGCCGGAGCGCCUUCUCUCAGACUCGGAGCCGAGAUUCACGGUUGGGUUCUCCGGCGGGGCCUCGUCGACGACCUUUCCGUGGGGAACGCACUCAUCGGCAUGUACGGCGGGCAGAACCUGCCGGGCGGCGCUCGGAGUGUCUUCGCGUCCAUGCCGGAGAAAGACGUCGUCUCGUGGAACGCCAUGAUCCGCGCCCACCGCCGGGACGAGAGAGCCCUGACGAUUUUCCGGCAGAUGGAGGACGCCGGCGUGGAACCGGACAGGGUCACCUUUGUGUCUCUGCUCGCGGCUUGUGCGAACACAGGGCUGGUGGAGGAGGGCCGAGAGCUGUUCGCCGCCAUGGAGGAGAGACACAGGAUGAAGCCCGGGAUCGAACACUACGGGUGCAUAGUGAACUUGCUGGGCCGAGCGGGGCUGGUGGAGGAGGCUUACGAGACGGUGAAGAAGAUGGAGUUCGACGGCGGCCCGACGGUCUGGGGCGCCCUGCUCUACGCCUGCUCCCUACACCGCAACGUCGCCAUCGCCGAGGCCGCCGCAGCGGCACUGUUCGAGCUGGAGCCCGACAACGCACACAAUUUCGAGCUCCUGGUGAAGGUCUACGGCGACGCAGGCAGGUGGGAGGACGCGGAGAGGGUGAGGAGGAUGAUCAGGGAGAGAGGACUGGACUCCUAG